CCCUGCGCAUCACCGAGGAUUUCCAACAGGUUAUGGGCCCCGGCACGAUUAGACUCUGAUUACGGUAUCUCGACUUCUUAAUUCGCCCUCAUUCAUUACCUACUAUGAGUAGCGUGACAAAUGCUCUGAUUGACGAAGAAGGAAGGAGGGGCGGCGCACCCGGUACAACGGCUCUGAUCGCACGAUCAAGGGGAUCAAGCGGUCCGAAGCAGAACAUCAGAUGCUACGCAUGUGGCAAGACUGGCCAUAUUAGUCGUGAUUGUCGCACAAAAUGGAAUGACAGUGCCGACACUGCAAACAUUGUGCAGAGCGACGAUGAAGAAAUGGAAUAUGCCUUUUGAGGCAACUUUGGUGGAAAAUUGGUUAUAUCUUUGUGAAUUCCCUUAAGCCCCUUGGUAGGAAUGUGUUUCUGCUGUGGUUUAGACUGGGUCCGGCUAGCUUGAUAUUGGGAUCAGCUGGCUGUAAGUAGCAUUUGGGGCUCCUGCAGCAUGGGUGAGGAUAGGGAAUGGUCACAAGUCUUGGGAUAUAAUUGGGAAUUUUCGGACUAUUUCAAGUUUCAAGGGGAGACUUGGAGUAUUGGGACAUUUUAGGAUAUAUUG